AUGCCACCUCCAGAGCCCCAACCUGAAGAGCAGCAGCAGCAACAACAAGAGCAGCAGAAGCGGCAGCAGCAACAGGAGCAGCAGCAACAGGAGCAGGAGCAGGAGCAACAGAAGCAGCAGCAGCAGCAGCAGCAGCAACAGCAGAGUUACCCCGAGGCCCCCGCCCGCAGGUGGACAAGCCAUUGGCGCCGGCAAAGCCUGAGGCUCCGGAAGCAGCGGCAAGAACAAAAGCAGCAGGUGCAGCAAGCGAAGCAGCAGCAAGGGCAGCAGCAAGAAUUGCAGCAAGAACAGCAGCAAGAGCAGCAGCAGCAACAGGAGCAGCAGCAAGAGCAGCAACAACAGCAGCAGCGAGAGCAGCAGGAGACAGGCGAACCUGAGCAAGAGCAGCAGCAGCAGCAGCAGCAAAAAGAGCAGCAAAUUCCGGAGCAGCACGCGGAGCCUCAACACCUCAAGAGCUGGUUGGCAUCUGCUGCAGCAAAUGCUGCGGCUGCUGCUGCAGCAUAUGACGUUCCGUCGCAGCAGCAGCUGCAGCAACAGCAACAGGAGCUGCUACUAUUCCAGCAGCAGAUGCCGCAGCAGCUGCAGCAGCAGCUGUUGGUGCAGCAGCAGCAACUCCCCCACUUCACUGGAAAACGCAGCAGCUGCUGCUGCCGAAAGCCGCAGCAGCUUCUACACACUGUGGUUUACACAGCGACAUGCAGCGGCAGCAAAACUGCUGCAGACGCAGCAGGCGGAUGCUGCUGUGAUUGCUGCAGCUACAGCAGUACGGCUGCUGCUGCUGCUGCUUCUGCUGCUCAUGCUGCUGCUGCUGCAGCGAAGGCUACGAAGUGGGUGUGGCUCUUGGGGGCCUCUGCCGCAUCUUUUGCCUUCAGUUUGCUGCUCAAGUGGCUCGACAGCAAUGCACAGAACCCCUCAAAUCCUACGCCAGUAGCAGCAGCAGCACCAGCAGCAGCAGCAGCAGGCAGCAGCGCAGCAGCAGCACCCGGGACAGGGGAGACAUGCAACGUUUGCUGCCGCUGCAUGUGCUGUCCCGUGGCUGCUGCUGCAGCACCUUCUGCUGCAGCUGCUGCUGCGUACCUGAGGUGUACGUACACCCGAGCUGGCUUUGUGCGCAUUGGGCAGCAGCAAGAACUUAAGUGUGUUCGGCUGCAGCAGCACUUUCAUUCGAAGUUCAUCAAAUUGGUGGUCUUUACUGCAGCAGAUUAUAUCAGCUCCCGUGCUGUUGCUCAGGAAGCCGCAGAGCUGGAACGGCUGCUGUACGCGCUGCUGCUGCAGGCGCCGCAGCAGCUUUACUUUGAUAUCCGCACUGCUUACUUAGAGAAGCGGGAGCAGUUUGCGCAGCAGCAGCUGCUGCAGACACUUAAGCCUCAGCAACAGCACCAGCAGCAGCAGCAGCAGUCCCUCACGCUCCUCUCCUGGCUCAUGACGGUUUUCCGCGCGUCCUUCACCCCCCAGUGCAUUGCACUCGAUCACCUCGCAGAGGAGUUGGUUGCGCAUGCGAAGCCGUCGACAGUGGAUGAAAUAAUCUGCGCUGUACGUACACUGCUGCAGCAGUGUUUGGAAGUGCCACAAGGCAGCAAUUUGCUGCCAGCAGUAGCAGCACAGUUUUUGAGAGUUAAUAUUGUGUCUCGUUUCAAGAAUAGGUACGGGACGGACUCUCCAGCUGCUGCUGGCAGCAGCAGCAAGGCCCGCCAGAGCAGCAGCAGCAGCAGCAGCAGCAGCGGGAGGAGCGGGUGCUGCUGCGGGGGCGCGGCGGCGGAGUCGACGCGGCGAACCAUGCGGAGCCUGUGGCCGCUGUUCAAGCAGGACUUUGAGUUUGCUGCUGCUGCGGACGCCAGCAGCAGCAGCAGCAGCAGCGGGGUGAGCCUAUGCGAGGUGAUUGCAAAGCUGAAGAGGUGGAAAGACCUGCUCAGCAGCAAAACGCAAUGUGGGGAGCAGCAGCAACCUCCCUUCGAAGAUGUUGGAGCUUCUCUUUGUGAUGUGUUUACCCGCGUGAGUGUGGAAAUAGAAGUGCCGGGGCUGCGUUUGCUGCAGCUGGGGGACGGGUUUCUGCAGCAGCAGCAGCAGCAGCAGCAGCAGCAGCGCGGCGCGGUGUACAUACAGCAGUUCGGCUCCGCGUACACCACUGUCACCCGUUCCCACUACACUCUCAAAAGAAUCCAAAUCGUUGGCAGCAACGGCAGCAGCUAUUUCUUUUUGGUGCAGCCUUACAGCACCGCUCACCAGCGCACGGAGCAGCGGCUGCUGUGUCUGCUGCUGCAGCUGAACUUGCUGCUGCAGCGCCACAACCCCUCCCGCCGCCGCGGCCUGGCCUUCCCCCUUGCUGCUCAGGUGUCUAUACACCCCAGGUGCAGGCUCCUCGAGGACGCCCCCUCUUAUGUCUCGCUGCAGCAAAUCAUCAACGAGCGAUCCCGCGCCGAUCCCGAUCCCAGCAAGUCCGACCCCGACGUUCCCGUGCUGCUGCACCGCUCCCUCAUCCUGCAGCAGCUCAGCAGCACCAUGCUGCAGCAGGCCCUCGCGCUGCUGCAGCAACACAGAAACACGCCCCAUGAAACGCCCCCGCACGCCCACGCAGACGCCUCCCACCAGCAGCAGCAGCAGCAGCAGCAGCAGCAGCAGCAGCAGCAAGGCGCGCCCGCCGGAACGAACCCCAGCGGCAGCAGCAGCAGCGCCGGACUCCGCCAGCUGCCGCAGCAGCUGCUGCAGCUCCUCUGCUCCCCCGGAUUCUGCAAGGACGAAGCGCAGCAGCAAAUGCUUAACCGCAUUCUUGAGCUGCAGCCUCUCGAGCCUCCUGCUGCCCCUGCUGCUGCUGCUGCUCCAGACGGUUCCGCUGCUGCUGAUCCUGCGGCGUCGGCCCCCCGGGCAGACCCCUCUGCUGCCGGUGCUGCAAACAGUGCAGCAGGAGCAGCAGCACCUGCGGGAGCAGUUCCAAGCAGCCCGUCUGAGCCCGCCUCCAGCAGCAGCAGCAGCAGCAGCAGCGACGCAGUGGCGGGUUCCCCAGCAGCAGCGGCGGCGCCCCUGCUGCCCGCGCCUCCUCGCCAGCCCCCGCAGCAGCAGCAGCAGCAGCAGCAGGAGGCGGAGCAGCGGUGGCUGCUGGAGUUUCAGCGGAGCUGCCAGCUGCAGGCGGCGCAGGAGGUGUACGGACAGCUGUGUGGGGUGGUGUCGGAGAGCGUGCUUCGGGUGUACGUACACCGGAGCGUGUGGGGCGCGGAGGAACUGUUUGUGUUCAAAAGACAGUUCACGCAGAGCCACGCAGUUUACUGCAUUUUGAAUUAUUUGUUUUGCAUGCCAGACAUAAGUCCCAACAAAGUGCUGCUGGACCUGCAGACUGGCCAGGCCCUGCAGGCCGAACUCAAGGCCUGCUACUGUGCUGCUUCUUUGCUGCUGGCUUUCGGGGAUCGGAUCCCAUUUCGGCUAACUCGAAACAUCGAAUUAUUAAUUGACGUUUUCGGCAGGGCGGGGCUGCUCCCCGGGUGUAUGUACACCCUGGUUUGCUGCCUCCAGAGCUACAGCAGCCACUUCUCCAACGCUGCUGCGCUGCUCAUCCGCGACGAUGUCGCCUUCUUCUACAGGCAGAAGCAGCAGCAGCAGCAGCAGCUCCUCCUCCAGCAGCAGCAGCAGCAGCAGCAGCAGCAGCAGCAGGGGCAGGGGCACCCGGAGGGCACGCAGCAACAGCAGCAGCCUGCCGCAGGCUUCCAGUCCGCCAGCGCCGCUGCUGCUGCUGCUGCUGCUGGCUCCAGCAGCAGCAGCAGCAACGCGGAGGAAACCGCCACAGUGCGCCGUGUUGUCGAUAUCAACAUCAGCCGCAUUUCAGAAGCCCUUAAGAGACUUCAGGGGACUCCUAAACCUCCCGCAGAACCAAAGGCGGACCAACUCCCCAUAGACUCCCAAGUCACAAUGCUGCUUCGCAUUGCCACCCGCAAGGACUUCCUCGCCACUGCCAAACCCACCUGGCAAGCCUGGGUUUGUCUGGACUUGCUGCUGCGCUUCGUCGGCCUGGAGCUACCGCCAGCCUUUCUGGCGGACCCGGCGACGGCCGAAGCCAGCAAAGAUUUGUUUCAGGCACAGAGCCGCAUUUUGUUGUUUAUUUGCUACCUGCUGAAGAACAGCGCCUCUGCCGACAGCAGCAGCAGCAGCAGCAGCAGCAGCAGCGGGACGCUGGAAGCAUUUACUGCAAAAGCCCUGCAGCAGCUGCCGCAGGUGAUGGUUCGUUUGCUGCAGGCUCUCAAACCGCCGCUUUUUUUAAAGCGAAAAACAGUGCACGAGGCAGCAAAACUACUUGCUGCUUCUCCUUUUGUGGGUUCGCUAACUCCCGUGGUGGAACGGCUGAUGUCUCUUGAGCUUUCAGUCUUCACAGAAAGAAUUGACUCCUGUCUCCUCAGGGUUUACACGAUAUGUCACCUGCAUGACUUUUUGUUGAUUUUCCCUUCCCCCAUUUGCGUCUCUUUAUCUUUGCUGCUACGCGUGGCGCGCUGGAGCGGUUUGCUGCUGCUGCAGUCUCGGCCGCAUUUAUCUGCAGCAGCAGCAGCAGCAGCGACAGCAGCAGCAGCAGCAGCUUUGGAGUCGUUUGAGGGCGGGAGCGGCGGCUCUUUCGACGCCGCAGCAGCUGCAGCAGCAGCAGCAGCAACUGCAGCAGCAACAGCAGCAGAUGUCGAAAAGAGCGGGGGCCUCGGAGGAGCAGCAGCAACAGGGGGAGGCCUCUUAGCUGUUUUGAGUAUAAGACAUUUAGUGGCAAAGUUGCUGAAUUUCGUUUGUGACCUUGCUGUUAAUAAGUACACAGAUGCUGCUGCUGCUGCUGCUGCAGCAGAGGAUGCUGCAGCAGAGCCAGCAGCACGCGCAGAAAGCGACCUCUCAGCAUCUGCAGAUGCAGCAGCAGCAGGGGCAGCAGCAGGAGCAGCAGGAACAGACGCUGCAGCCGGUGAUGCAGCAGCAGCAGCAGCAUCAGCGCAGGGAAGAGCCCCAGGGGAGAUGGACUCGGGCAUGGCAGUGGGUGAUGCAGCUGUUGGUGCAGCAGCAAAUGGCAGCAGCAGCAGCAGGCGCAGCAGCAGCAGCAGCAAGGAGGCCGUUCAGCGCAUGCAGCAGGAAACAAUGGACUUGCUGCUGCUGGCGCUGCGCAUUUUGUGUUCUUCUCUUAUUGAGCUGCAGGAAGAGAUUCCACACAUGCACGCAGCUGCAUGCAGCGAAGGGCUCGAGGAGUCUGACAGCAGCAGCAGCACCAGCAGCAGCAUGAGCAGCAGCAGCAGCAGCAGCAGCAGCAGCAAAGCUGUGCAUUUUUACCCGCCAGCGGUGCCUUUGCCUGGUGCAGUGGGUUCUUCAGGGGGCGCAGCAGGCGCAGCAGCAGCAGCAGCAGCUGCUGCUGCUGCUAAGCCGCUGUCGCCGCAGCAGCAGCAAGUGUAUCAGUCAUUUCUAAGAGAGACAAAAAGCUUUUUGCGCAGCACUUGCAUCGCGCUGCGGUGUUUGGUUUAUCAAAUAGUGGUGCUGCCGCUGCAGCAGCAACAGCGGCGCCAGCAGCAGCAGCAGCAGCAGGGCAGGGCCUCGUCCGUAGCAGCCUCAGCAGCCUCAGCGGGCAGCAGUAACAACAACAACAGCAGCAGCAGCAGCAGCAGAAGAGCUUCUUUUGAUGUGCGGCUGCUGCCCCAGGGACAAAUGCUGCCUCCUGGCUACAGGGCGCUGCUGACUGAGGCUUUUUAUGCAACUGUGGGAAGCGCCUUAACCUACGCCAAAUGUUUUGCCUACGCGGCCACCACAAGGCUUCAGCACCAUGUAGAAGAGGGCGGCAUCGGCUGCACCUUGAUUGCGCUGCCUCCGACUUACCCGCUGACAGGGGCACUCUUCAAGGGCAUUCCGGAGGCGGUGGAGGUGUUGGGGCUGAACGUGGCGCAGGUGGAGGAAAAGGAACUUCUGGAGUUGGCCUCUUCAGCUUUGGCUUUUUUGCAUCCUGCAGACACAGCAGGUUUUGCUGCUGAGAAUGCUGCUGCGCUGCAGCAGCUAGUUGUCACUUACCCCCAGUGCGUCGCGCUGCUGCAGUUCUUUCUCGGACACCAACACACCAGCAAGACCUUCGCGUGGGCCUUUCUGGAAUACUUAACCCCUCGGCUUUCUUUGCUGCGGGAGCGGCGUGCUGCGCUGCUGCCGCCGAUGCUGCCGCAGCGCAACAAGUUCAUUCCUUGCAUGCGCAGCAUCAGCAGCAGCAGCAGCAGCAGCAUCAGCAGCAGCAGCAGCAGCAGCAGCGGCAACAGCCAGAGCGACGAAGUCCUCCUCGAGGUGUACAGACAGUUCGAUGGAUCUUCUCAACUUUCUUCUCAAGCUCAAACUAGCGACCUGCUGAUGCUGCCUUUAGAAAUGCAGGUCCCCAUAGCAGGCCAAGGGGUUUUGUGCUUAAUGCCAUUUCCCCACAUAUCAGCGCAGCUUGUGGGGCCCUCGCAGGCCCCCGAUGCUGCUGCUACUUGUUCGCGGCACGCGUGGCAGCGACUUUGCGCAGCACGUUCUGCUGCAGCUGCUGCUGCUGCAGCUGCAGUGGGCGGCGCGGCCUGCGCCUGCAGCAGCACCAGCAGCAGCACCUGCUGCUGCAGCAACACAGGGGGGAGGCCUCAAAGACAACUCGGGCUUUCGAAGCAGCUUCUUUUUGCGGUGGACAUUUUCGACAAGCCAGAUGCAGUGGCAGCAGAAGAAGCCUACAAGGCCAGCACAAACCCUGAACCCUAA